CAUCAUGAAGGGUACAGUCUUGAUCUGCUGUUUCCUCUCCCUGCUGCAUUUGCAGGCCACAGCAGAGGAAGAAGAAGAAGAUGAUGUCACCUCCGUCCUCAGGGACAGAUCUCACAUCGACGAGACGCUGCGGCUUGCAACUGAAGAAAACACAGCAGACUAUGCGGGGGCCUUACAGCGGUUGCGCAAGAUCUACCACACAUCCAUCCGGCCGAUGGAGCAGGCCUACAAGUACAACGAGCUGAGGCAGCACGAGAUCUCAGCCUACCCCGGACGAAGCCUGGGGGACUCAUUCACAGAUGGAGAGAUUACCUCCAAACCCAUGGUGCUGUUCCUGGGACCCUGGAGUGUUGGAAAGUCCUCCAUGAUCAAUUACCUCCUGGGCAUAAACGACAGCCCCCAUCAGCUCUACACAGGAGCGGAGCCGACUACAUCUGAGUUCACUGUAAUCAUGCAUGGGGAGAAGAUCCGCUCUGUUGAGGGUAUCGUCAUGGCAGCAGACAGCUCUAGGUCCUUCUCUCCCUUGGAGAAAUUUGGCCAAAACUUCUUGGAAAAACUGGUCGGUAUUGAGAUGCCCCACAAGCUGCUGGAACGUGUGACUUUUGUGGACACACCAGGAAUCAUUGAGAACCGGAAACAGCAGGAGAGAGGCUAUCCCUUCAACGAUGUUUGCCAGUGGUUCAUUGACCGGGCUGACCUGAUCUUUGUGGUGUUUGACCCCACCAAGCUGGACGUCGGCCUCGAGCUGGAGAUGCUCUUCCGGCAGUUAAAGGGUCGUGAAUCCCAGAUUCGCAUCAUCCUAAACAAGGCUGACAACCUGGUCACCCAGGAUUUGAUGAGAGUGUACGGAGCGCUCUUCUGGAGCUUAGCUCCCCUCAUCAAUGUGACCGAACCCCCUCGCGUCUACGUCAGCUCCUUCUGGCCAUAUGACUAUGCAGCUGAUACCAGCCGUGAGCUCUUCAAGCGAGAGGAGAUCUCGCUCCUGGAAGAUCUGAACCAGGUGAUUGAAAACCGCAUGGAAAACAAGAUCGCCUUCAUCCGCCAGCAUGGCAUCCGCGUACGCAUCCACAGCCUCCUGGUAGACCGCUACAUCCAGACCUUUAAGGAGAAGAUGAGCUUCUUCAGUGACCCUGAACUAGUCUUCAAAGAGAUUGUGGACGAUCCAGACAAGUUCUACAUUUUCAAAACCAUCCUAGCCAAGACCAACGUCAGCAAGUUUGACCUGCCCAAUCGCGACGCUUACCGUGACUUCUUUGGCGUCAACCCAAUCACCAACUUCAAGCCCUUGCAGGCUGAGUGCUCCUACAUGGGAGGCUGUCUGCUGGAUAAGAUUGAGAGGGCAAUCACCACUGAUCUGCCUGCCCUUCUAAGCAGCAUUAACUCUGGGAAGCAGCCUGGCCUGUCCUCCUGCGAGACAACUGGCUGUGGGGAAAAGCCAAAGAACCGCUACCGAAAGAACUGAGGGAAACAAAAUAACUUGAGAGGUGAAAGUAAGAAGAGAAGGGGUCUGAUGGAAACCAACCCUGCUUUUGUCAGAAUGCCUGUAUUGUUGAAGAGACAGAGGAGAAUUGUGUUUGUUUUUUUCCUCAGGAGAAUAUGGGGAGGUACAUUUAGGGACUAUGGGAAUGAGGCAGAUAGAGGGAGGGAAGGGUCAAUGUUUGGUAAGGCAGCUGAAGGACACAAGUGCUGAAGAAAUGAGAACAUGCCACUGAUCACUGAACUUUGUUCAAAUACAUGCUCUCCUCUCUCACUUUGGACUGGCUGGGAUUUGGGGGUUGGGGAAGUAAUGAUGUGGAGAAACACAUAAAACAUGAAAAAAGUAAGAUCAAAUAAAAAUUGAAUAUGCCAAGACUGAAAAAAGUCAAAUACCAGCUGUAUGUGAAUAAAGUGGGAAAAAGAAGAAACAGGACUGGCAAAUUUGUGUUGUAAAAUCUUGAGAAUUGCAUUGCGGAAAGUCAAUUCCAUAAGUUUUAGAAGUUUUAAGGUAGCCUAUGUGUGGGUGCUAUACAAAGCCUUUGUGUUUGUCAUCCAACCCUUUACUUUUGACAUAGAUUCACUUUAACAUUGCAUGUUAGAUCUUAUUUAACAGAUGCAUGCAUGUCCUGCUAAUAUAAAAUAAUAUUUCUUUGUGUAACUGAAACAUAAACCAACCCUGCCAUGCAACAAAUAAGGCCUUUUUUCCUUUUUGUUUUAUACGCUCAUCAGUCCUGGUUGUUGACAACCUAUGAAAUGAGCACUGUGAUGGAAGCAGAGGUCAGGGUUCAAGGGUCAGAGCGGGGUGGGUAUGUUCAUUCUGCUUCACUUCUUAACUGUUUCUGUCUUCGUCUAUAAAUUUGCCAUCUUUGGCAGAGAUUCAAUACUGUGUUAUGAAUAUUUUUUUCUUGAACAAUAAGCUUCCCAGCUUUUUUUUGUUGCUGAAUGACCAUAACAAAAUAACACAUAAAAAAUGUGUUGGAUUAUAGCUAUAUUUAGCCAUUUCUUUUUCAGGAUAGAAAGAUAUUUAUUGAUUUGAAUGUGAAAACUUUAGGCAGUAGGCUGUUUAUGUGUACUGAACACCAACUGCUAUACAAUUGUACUACCACCACAAGAUUGUUAUUUCCCAGAUUGCGAAAAGUGGGCUAAAGGUAAAGGUAAAGUGUAGGCCUCAUGAGUUGACCCCUGACCUCUGUGGAAAGAAGGAAAACUGAGUGGUCCAAAGUAAGCCUACUCAACGAACUUCCCAGAAGUAUGGCAUGGUUAGGUUGCUUAAAAUAGUUUGACAUUUUGGAUAGGUUUCCCUUUUCAACACCAGGCUAUUUCUUGGGCUAAGCAACCAGCAGAAACUCUAAAUAGUUACUGCACCUGUCCAAGAAGAAUUUUGCCACAUGGUCUCUCCAAAAAGUCUGCAAUUUGUAUAAGGAUUAAGCCUGUGUUAAUUUGUGAGCUUUUGGAUUCGAAUUUUUUAUUUAAAUUGAAUUUGAUUAUAUAUAUUUUUUAAUCUUUGGACAGACUUAGGCUAGCUGUUUCCCCCUGUUUACUAUCUUAGCUAAGCUAAGCUAGGAUAACCGGCUGGAGGCUAAAGAUGCAUGUAGACAGUGGCAUACGGACAUGAAAUCUACCAAAGUGUCAAACAAUCCUCAAUGGAUGGAUGAGUAGGAGGCCUAGGUUUCCAAAAGGUUAACGAGUGGACAAAUGCACUUCCAGUUCCCUCUGUGUCCUCUCUCACUAACCCCAUUGUGAAGAGUGUUUACCAAACUAUAUCUGAAACAUAGCUUGUUAAAAAGUAACGUAAACUAACAAACACACACACACAUUGCUUAACUUUCUCGGUUUAUUUGAGUGUGAGUGUUCCACUGGACGUUAGUUUGUUUACACUGCAGAUCCAGAAGAUGGCCACUAGAGUGUGCUGUGUAAAAGUGUAAAAGUUAUACAGACCACUAACUCAUCAUGACAACUAUUUAUAGUGAUAGCUUGGGCUAAUUAUGCUGUGUGGUUGUGCCUUUAGUAUAUUUCAGCAUUAAUUAUCUUAAUUUACCUUUGAAUUAGACCUGGGAUGGAUGUGUGUCCCAUUUAAGUAGUUGUGGAUUCACAUUUUUGUUUUGCUAUACAGUCUAAAUGAAUCUUGGCCCAACUUUGGAAACUUGAUCAUAAAGAAUAAAGAUUUCUGAUUGA